AUGAGGGAUGUGGUGUUCCUGCUGGAUGGUUCGGAUGGCACUAGGAGCUCUUUCCCUGCGAUGCGCGACUUUGUUGAAAGGAUGGUGGGGAGACUGAAUGUGUCUGAGAACAGAGACCGCGUGUCCGUGGUCCAGUACAGCAGAGAUCCAGAGGCCCAUUUGUACCUUAACACAUACUCAAGAAAGGAGGACAUUCUUGACACAGUCAGGGGUCUGAGGCACAAAGGAGGGAGACCCCUCAACACAGGGGCAGCUUUGCAGUACGUGAGGGACAAUAUAUUCACUGCCUCCUCUGGAAGCAGACGUGUAGAAGGUGUGCCCCAGUUACUGAUUCUGCUGAGUGGUGGAAGGUCAUUUGAUAAUGUUGAUACACCGGCCUCAUCCCUGAAGGAGCUGGGAGUGCUUAUCUUUGGGAUAGGGUCAAGGAGCUCAGACAGCAGCGAACUCCAGAGGAUCUCCCAUGAGCCUAGUUAUGCACUCUCAGUAAGUGAUUUUGCUGAUCUUCCAAGUGUCCAACAGCAGCUGUUCAGCAACAUUGACACAAUAUUUGUAGAGGUCACGUCUACCACUACCACGACGAUAGCUGAGGGCCGUAGGCAGAGGAGAGAUGUUGUCUUCCUGCUGGAUGGAUCGGAUGGCACUAGGAAUGGGUUCCCAGCAAUGAAAGAGUUUGUGCAAAGAAUGGUGGAGAGAUUGGACAUAGAUGAGAACAGAGACCGCGUUUCUGUGGUCCAGUACAGUGGAGACACAGAGGUCCAUUUCUAUCUUAACACGUACAUGACAAAGGAAGACAUUCUUGACAGUGUCAGAGGUCUGAGGCACAAAGGAGGCAGACCCCUCUACACGGGGGCCAGUCUCCAGUACGUCAGAGACAAUGUCUUUACUGCCACCUCUGGCAGCAGGCGACUGGAUGGUGUGCUGCAGAUACUGGUUUUGCUUAGUGGGGGAAGGUCAUCUGACAGUGUUGAUGCAGCAGCCUCCUCUCUGAAAGAGCUUGGAGUUUUGACCUUUGGAAUAGGAUCGAGGGGCUCUGAUAGCAGAGAAUUGCAGAGAAUUUCAACUGACCCCAAUUAUGCCCUGACCGUGUCCGACUUCAGUGAGCUUCCAAAAGUCCAAGAGCAGCUGCUGGCCUCUGUCAAGGCUGUUGCAAUUCCCAUCACUCCAACAUCACCAGCUGUCACCGCUGCUUACACCACACCCAGAAGGGACGUAGUCUUUCUUCUGGACGGUUCAGAUGGCACUAGGAAUUCUUUCCCAGCUAUGCGUGACUUUGUGCAAAGAGUAGUGGAGAAAUUCAACAUAGAGGCCAACAGAGACCGUGUUUCUGUGGUGCAGUACAGUAGAGACGCUGAGGUCCAUUUCUAUCUGAACAGCUACACGACAAAGGAAGACGUUCUUGACCGUGUCAGAGGCCUGAGACACAAAGGAGGCAGACCCCUCAACAUGGGGGCAGCUCUCCAGUACGUCAGAGACAGUGUCUUUACUGCCACCUCUGGCAGCAGGCGGCUGGAGGGUGUGCCGCAGAUACUGGUUUUGUUUAGCGGGGGAAGGUCAUCUGACAGUGUCGAUGCAGCAGCCUCCUCUCUGAAAGAGCUUGGCGUUUUGACCUUUGUAAUAGGAUCGAGGGGCUCCGAUAGCAGAGAAUUGCAGAGAAUUUCAUCCGACCCCAAUUAUGCUCUGACCGUGUCCGACUUCAGUGAGCUUCCAAAAGUCCAAGAGCAGCUGCUGGCCUCUGUCCAGGAUGUUGCAAUGCCUGUCACUCCAACUUCUCCGACUCUGACCGCUGAUGACGCCAUACCCAGAAAGGACGUAGUGUUCCUGCUGGACGCAUCAGAUGGCACUAGAAAUACUUUCCCAGCGAUGCGUGACUUCGUGCAAAGAUUAGUGGAGCAAUUCAGCAUAGAUGCAAACAGAGACCGUGUUGCCGUGGUGCAGUACAGUAGAGACGCAGAGGUCAAUUUCUAUCUGAAUACCUACACAACAAAGGGAGAGAUCUUGAACUCUGUCAGAGGUCUGAGGCAUAGAGGAGGGAGACCCCUCAACACUGGGGCAGCUCUCCAGUACGUGAGGGACAAUGUCUUCACCGCCUCUGCGGGGAGUAGAAAGCAAGCGGGUGUCCCUCAGAUUCUCAUCCUCCUCAGUGGAGGACGGUCAAGCGAUAACAUAGAUACACCUGCCUUCGCCUUGAAACAGGGCGGGAUCUUGAUUUUUGGUGUCGGCACCAGAAAUUCCAGCAGAGAGGUGCAGAGAAUUGCCAAUGAUCCUACCUAUGCACAGUCCAUCAAUGAAUUCUCUGACCUUCCCAGUGUCCAACAGCAGUUUAUCAGCUCCCUCAACAAUGUGCUUGGUCAAGUCAAGCCGGUGACAACUACUGUGCCGGCUGAGCGAAAGAGGGAUGUGGUGUUCCUGCUGGAUGGUUCGGAUGGCACUAGGAGCUCUUUCCCUGCGAUGCGCGACUUUGUUGAAAGGAUGGUGGGGAGACUGAAUGUGUCUGAGAACAGAGACCGCGUGUCCGUGGUCCAGUACAGCAGAGAUCCAGAGGCCCAUUUCUAUCUUAACACAUACUCAAGAAAGGAGGACAUACUUGACACAGUCAGGGGUCUGAGGCACAAAGGAGGGAGACCCCUCAACACAGGGGCAGCUUUGCAGUACGUGAGGGACAAUAUAUUCACUGCCUCCUCUGGAUGCAGACGUGUAGAAGGUGUGCCCCAGUUACUGAUUCUGCUGAGUGGUGGAAGGUCAUUUGAUAAUGUUGAUAAACCGGCCUCAUCCCUGAAGGAGCUGGGAGUGCUUAUCUUUGGGAUAGGGUCAAGGAGCUCAGACAGCAGCGAACUCCAGAGGAUCUCCCAUGAGCCUAGUUAUGCACUCUCAGUAAGUGAUUUUGCUGACCUUCCAAGUGUCCAACAGCAGCUGUUCAGCAACAUUGACACAGUAUUUGUAGAGGUCAUGUCUACCACUACCACGACGAUAGCUGAGGGCCGUAGGCAGAGGAGAGAUGUUGUCUUCCUGCUGGAUGGAUCGGAUGGCACUAGGAAUGGGUUCCCAGCAAUGAAAGAGUUUGUGCAAAGAAUGGUGGAGAGAUUGAACAUAGAUGAGAACAGAGACCGCGUUUCUGUGGUCCAGUACAGUGGAGACACAGAGGUCCAUUUCUAUCUUAACAGCUACACGACAAAGGAAGACAUUCUUGACAGUGUCAGAGGUCUGAGGCACAAAGGAGGCAGACCCCUCUACACGGGGGCCAGUCUCCAGUACGUCAGAGACAAUGUCUUUACUGCCACCUCUGGCAGCAGGCGACUGGAUGGUGUGCCGCAGAUACUGGUUUUGCUUAGUGGGGGAAGGUCAUCUGACAGUGUUGAUGCAGCAGCCUCCUCUCUGAAAGAGCUUGGAGUUUUGACCUUUGGAAUAGGAUCGAGGGGCUCUGAUAGCAGAGAAUUGCAGAGAAUUUCAUCUGACCCCAAUUAUGCCCUGACCGUGUCCGACUUCAGUGAGCUUCCAACAGUCCAAGAGCAGCUGCUGGCCUCUGUCAAGGCUGUUGCAAUUCCCAUCACUCCAACAUCACCAGCUGUCACCGCUGUUUACACCACACCCAGAAGGGACGUAGUCUUUCUUCUGGACGGUUCAGAUGGCACUAGGAAUUCUUUCCCAGCUAUGCGUGACUUCGUGCAAAGAGUAGUGGAGAAAUUCAACAUAGAGGCCAAGAGAGACCGUGUUUCUGUGGUGCAGUACAGUAGAGACGCUGAGGUCCAUUUCUAUCUGAACAGCUACACGACAAAGGAAGACGUUCUUGAGCUUGUCAGAGGCCUGAGACACAAAGGAGGCAGACCCCUCAACAUGGGGGCAGCUCUCCAGUACGUCAGAGACAGUGUCUUUACUGCCACCUCUGGCAGCAGGCGGCUGGAGGGUGUGCCGCAGAUACUGGUUUUGUUUAGCGGGGGAAGGUCAUCUGACAGUGUCGAUGUAGCAGCCUCCUCUCUGAAAGAGCUUGGCGUUUUGACCUUUGGAAUAGGAUCGAGGGGCUCUAAUAGCAGAGAAUUGCAGAGAAUUUCAUCCAACCCCAAUUAUGCUCUGACCGUGUCCGACUUCAGUGAGCUUCCAAAAGUCCAAGAGCAGCUGCUGGCCUCUGUCCAGGAUGUUGCAAUGCCUGUCACUCCAACUUCUCUGACUCUGACCGCUGAUGACGCCAUACCCAGAAAGGACGUAGUGUUCCUGCUGGACGCAUCAGAUGGCACUAGAAAUACUUUCCCAGCGAUGCGUGACUUCGUGCAAAGAUUAGUGGAGCAAUUCAGCAUAGAUGCAAACAGAGACCGUGUUGCCGUGGUGCAGUACAGUAGAGACGCAGAGGUCAAUUUCUAUCUGAAUACCUACACAACAAAGGGGGAGAUCUUGAACUCUGUCAGAGGUCUGAGGCAUAGAGGAGGGAGACCCCUCAACACUGGGGCAGCUCUCCAGUACGUGAGGGACAAUGUCUUCACCGCCUCUGCGGGGAGUAGAAAGCAAGCGGGUGUCCCUCAGAUUCUCAUCCUCCUCAGUGGAGGACGGUCAAGUGAUAACAUAGAUACACCUGCCUCCGUCUUGAAACAGGGAGGGAUCUUGAUUUUUGGUGUCGGCACCAGAAAUUCCAGCAGAGAGUUGCAAAGGAUUGCCAAUGAUCCUACAUAUGCACAGUCCAUCAAUGAAUUCUCUGACCUUCCCAGUGUCCAACAGCAGUUUAUCAGCUCCCUCAACAAUGUGCUUGGUCAAGUCAAGCCGAUGACAACUACUGUGCCGGCUGAGCGAAAGAGGGAUGUGGUGUUCCUGCUGGAUGGUUCUGAUGGCACUAGGAGCUCUUUCCCUGCGAUGCGCGACUUUGUUGAAAGGAUGGUGGGGAGACUGAAUGUGUCUGAGAACAGAGACCGCGUGUCCGUGGUCCAGUACAGCAGAGAUCCAGAGGCCCAUUUGUACCUUAACACAUACUCAAGAAAGGAGGACAUUCUUGACACAGUCAGGGGUCUGAGGCACAAAGGAGGGAGACCCCUCAACACAGGGGCAGCUUUGCAGUACGUGAGGGACAAUAUAUUCACUGCCUCCUCUGGAAGCAGACGUGUAGAAGAAGGUGUGCCCCAGUUACUGAUUCUGCUGAGUGGUGGAAGGUCAUUUGAUAAUGUUGAUACACCGGCCUCAUCCCUGAAGGAGCUGGGAGUGCUUAUCUUUGGGAUAGGGUCAAGGAGCUCAGACAGCAGCGAACUCCAGAGGAUCUCCCAUGAGCCUAGUUAUGCACUCUCAGUAAGUGAUUUUGCUGAUCUUCCAAGUGUCCAACAGCAGCUGUUCAGCAACAUUGACACAAUAUUUGUAGAGGUCACGUCUACCACUACCACGACGAUAGCUGAGGGCCGUAGGCAGAGGAGAGAUGUUGUCUUCCUGCUGGAUGGAUCGGAUGGCACUAGGAAUGGGUUCCCAGCAAUGAAAGAGUUUGUGCAAAGAAUGGUGGAGAGAUUGGACAUAGAUGAGAACAGAGACCGCGUUUCUGUGGUCCAGUACAGUGGAGACACAGAGGUCCAUUUCUAUCUUAACACGUACAUGACAAAGGAAGACAUUCUUGACAGUGUCAGAGGUCUGGGGCACAAAGGAGGCAGACCCCUCUACACGGGGGCCAGUCUCCAGUACGUCAGAGACAAUGUCUUUACUGCCACCUCUGGCAGCAGGCGACUGGAUGGUGUGCCGCAGAUACUGGUUUUGCUUAGUGGGGGAAGGUCAUCUGACAGUGUUGAUGCAGCAGCCUCCUCUCUGAAAGAGCUUGGAGUUUUGACCUUUGGAAUAGGAUCGAGGGGCUCUGAUAGCAGAGAAUUGCAGAGAAUUUCAACUGACCCCAAUUAUGCCCUGACCGUGUCCGACUUCAGUGAGCUUCCAAAAGUCCAAGAGCAGCUGCUGGCCUCUGUCAAGGCUGUUGCAAUUCCCAUCACUCCAACAUCACCAGCUGUCACCGCUGCUUACACCACACCCAGAAGGGACGUAGUCUUUCUUCUGGACGGUUCAGAUGGCACUAGGAAUUCUUUCCCAGCUAUGCGUGACUUUGUGCAAAGAGUAGUGGAGAAAUUCAACAUAGAGGCCAACAGAGACCGUGUUUCUGUGGUGCAGUACAGUAGAGACGCUGAGGUCCAUUUCUAUCUGAACAGCUACACGACAAAGGAAGACGUUCUUGACCGUGUCAGAGGCCUGAGACACAAAGGAGGCAGACCCCUCAACAUGGGGGCAGCUCUCCAGUACGUCAGAGACAGUGUCUUUACUGCCACCUCUGGCAGCAGGCGGCUGGAGGGUGUGCCGCAGAUACUGGUUUUGUUUAGCGGGGGAAGGUCAUCUGACAGUGUCGAUGCAGCAGCCUCCUCUCUGAAAGAGCUUGGCGUUUUGACCUUUGGAAUAGGAUCGAGGGGCUCCGAUAGCAGAGAAUUGCAGAGAAUUUCAUCCGACCCCAAUUAUGCUCUGACCGUGUCCGACUUCAGUGAGCUUCCAAAAGUCCAAGAGCAGCUGCUGGCCUCUGUCCAGGAUGUUGCAAUGCCUGUCACUCCAACUUCUCCGACUCUGACCGCUAAUGACGCAAUACCCAGAAAGGACGUAGUGUUCCUGCUGGACGCAUCAGAUGGCACUAGAAAUACUUUCCCAGCGAUGCGUGACUUCGUGCAAAGAUUAGUGGAGCAAUUCAGCAUAGAUGCAAACAGAGACCGUGUUGCCGUGGUGCAGUACAGUAGAGACGCAGAGGUCAAUUUCUAUCUGAAUACCUACACAACAAAGGGAGAGAUCUUGAACUCUGUCAGAGGUCUGAGGCAUAGAGGAGGGAGACCCCUCAACACUGGGGCAGCUCUCCAGUACGUGAGGGACAAUGUCUUCACCGCCUCUGCGGGGAGUAGAAAGCAAGCGGGUGUCCCUCAGAUUCUCAUCCUCCUCAGUGGAGGACGGUCAAGCGAUAACAUAGAUACACCUGCCUUCGCCUUGAAACAGGGCGGGAUCUUGAUUUUUGGUGUCGGCACCAGAAAUUCCAGCAGAGAGGUGCAGAGAAUUGCCAAUGAUCCUACCUAUGCACAGUCCAUCAAUGAAUUCUCUGACCUUCCCAGUGUCCAACAGCAGUUUAUCAGCUCCCUCAACAAUGUGCUUGGUCAAGUCAAGCCGGUGACAACUACUGUGCCGGCUGAGCGAAAGAGGGAUGUGGUGUUCCUGCUGGAUGGUUCGGAUGGCACUAGGAGCUCUUUCCCUGCGAUGCGCGACUUUGUUGAAAGGAUGGUGGGGAGACUGAAUGUGUCUGAGAACAGAGACCGCGUGUCCGUGGUCCAGUACAGCAGAGAUCCAGAGGCCCAUUUCUAUCUUAACACAUACUCAAGAAAGGAGGACAUACUUGACACAGUCAGGGGUCUGAGGCACAAAGGAGGGAGACCCCUCAACACAGGGGCAGCUUUGCAGUACGUGAGGGACAAUAUAUUCACUGCCUCCUCUGGAUGCAGACGUGUAGAAGGUGUGCCCCAGUUACUGAUUCUGCUGAGUGGUGGAAGGUCAUUUGAUAAUGUUGAUAAACCGGCCUCAUCCCUGAAGGAGCUGGGAGUGCUUAUCUUUGGGAUAGGGUCAAGGAGCUCAGACAGCAGCGAACUCCAGAGGAUCUCCCAUGAGCCUAGUUAUGCACUCUCAGUAAGUGAUUUUGCUGACCUUCCAAGUGUCCAACAGCAGCUGUUCAGCAACAUUGACACAGUAUUUGUAGAGGUCAUGUCUACCACUACCACGACGAUAGCUGAGGGCCGUAGGCAGAGGAGAGAUGUUGUCUUCCUGCUGGAUGGAUCGGAUGGCACUAGGAAUGGGUUCCCAGCAAUGAAAGAGUUUGUGCAAAGAAUGGUGGAGAGAUUGAACAUAGAUGAGAACAGAGACCGCGUUUCUGUGGUCCAGUACAGUGGAGACACAGAGGUCCAUUUCUAUCUUAACAGCUACACGACAAAGGAAGACAUUCUUGACAGUGUCAGAGGUCUGAGGCACAAAGGAGGCAGACCCCUCUACACGGGGGCCAGUCUCCAGUACGUCAGAGACAAUGUCUUUACUGCCACCUCUGGCAGCAGGCGACUGGAUGGUGUGCCGCAGAUACUGGUUUUGCUUAGUGGGGGAAGGUCAUCUGACAGUGUUGAUGCAGCAGCCUCCUCUCUGAAAGAGCUUGGAGUUUUGACCUUUGGAAUAGGAUCGAGGGGCUCUGAUAGCAGAGAAUUGCAGAGAAUUUCAUCUGACCCCAAUUAUGCCCUGACCGUGUCCGACUUCAGUGAGCUUCCAAAAGUCCAAGAGCAGCUGCUGGCCUCUGUCAAGGCUGUUGCAAUUCCCAUCACUCCAACAUCACCAGCUGUCACCGCUGUUUACACCACACCCAGAAGGGACGUAGUCUUUCUUCUGGACGGUUCAGAUGGCACUAGGAAUUCUUUCCCAGCUAUGCGUGACUUCGUGCAAAGAGUAGUGGAGAAAUUCAACAUAGAGGCCAAGAGAGACCGUGUUUCUGUGGUGCAGUACAGUAGAGACGCUGAGGUCCAUUUCUAUCUGAACAGCUACACGACAAAGGAAGACGUUCUUGACCGUGUCAGAGGCCUGAGACACAAAGGAGGCAGACCCCUCAACAUGGGGGCAGCUCUUCAGUACGUCAGAGACAGUGUCUUUACUGCCACCUCUGGCAGCAGGCGGCUGGAGGGUGUGCCGCAGAUACUGGUUUUGUUUAGCGGGGGAAGGUCAUCUGACAGUGUCGAUGUAGCAGCCUCCUCUCUGAAAGAGCUUGGCGUUUUGACCUUUGGAAUAGGAUCGAGGGGCUCUGAUAGCAGAGAAUUGCAGAGAAUUUCAUCCAACCCCAAUUAUGCUCUGACCGUGUCCGACUUCAGUGAGCUUCCAAAAGUCCAAGAGCAGCUGCUGGCCUCUGUCCAGGAUGUUGCAAUGCCUGUCACUCCAACUUCUCCGACUCUGACCGCUGAUGACGCCAUACCCAGAAAGGACGUAGUGUUCCUGCUGGACGCAUCAGAUGGCACUAGAAAUACUUUCCCAGUGAUGCGUGACUUCGUGCAAAGAUUAGUGGAGCAAUUCAGCAUAGAUGCAAACAGAGACCGUGUUGCCGUGGUGCAGUACAGUAGAGACGCAGAGGUCAAUUUCUAUCUGAAUACCUACACAACAAAGGGGGAGAUCUUGAACUCUGUCAGAGGUCUGAGGCAUAGAGGAGGGAGACCCCUCAACACUGGGGCAGCUCUCCAGUACGUGAGGGACAAUGUCUUCACCGCCUCUGCGGGGAGUAGAAAGCAAGCGGGUGUCCCUCAGAUUCUCAUCCUCCUCAGUGGAGGACGGUCAAGUGAUAACAUAGAUACACCUGCUUCCGCCUUGAAACAGCGAGGGAUCUUGAUUUUUGGUGUCGGCACCAGAAAUUCCAGCAGAGAGGUGCAGAGAAUUGCCAAUGAUCCUACCUAUGCACAGUCCAUCAAUGAAUUCUCUGACCUUCCCAGUGUCCAACAGCAGUUUAUCAGCUCCCUCAACAAUGUGCUUGGUCAAGUCAAGCCGGUGACAACUACUGUGCCGGCUGAGCGAAAGAGGGAUGUGGUGUUCCUGCUGGAUGGUUCGGAUGGCACUAGGAGCUCUUUCCCUGCGAUGCGCGACUUUGUUGAAAGGAUGGUGGGAAGACUGAAUGUGUCUGAGAACAGAGACCGCGUGUCCAUGGUCCAGUACAGCAGAGAUCCAGAGGCCCAUUUCUAUCUUAACACAUACUCAAGAAAGGAGGACAUUCUUGACACAGUCAGGGGUCUGAGGCACAAAGGAGGGAGACCCCUCAACACAGGGGCAGCUUUGCUGUACGUGAGGGACAAUAUAUUCACUGCCUCCUUUGGAAGCAGACGUGUAGAAGGUGUGCCCCAGUUACUGAUUCUGCUGAGUGGUGGAAGGUCAUUUGAUAAUGUUGAUACUCCGGCCUCAUCCCUGAAGGAGCUGGGAGUGCUUAUCUUUGGGAUAGGGUCAAGGAGCUCAGACAGCAGCGAACUCCAGAGGAUCUCCCUUGAGCCUAGUUAUGCACUCUCAGUAAGUGAUUUUGCUGACCUUCCAAGUGUCCAACAGCAGCUGUUCAGCAACAUUGACACAGUAUUUGUAGAUGUCACGUCUACCACUACCACGACGAUAGCUGAGGGCCGUAGGCAGAGGAGAGAUGUUGUCUUCGUGCUGGAUGGAUCGGAUGGCACUAGGAAUGGGUUCCCAGCAAUGAAAGAGUUUGUGCAAAGAAUGGUGGAGAGAUUGGACAUAGAUGAGAACAGAGACCACGUUUCUGUGGUCCAGUACAGUGGAGACACAGAGGUCCAUUUCUAUCUUAACACGUACACGACAAAGGAAGACAUUCUUGACAGUGUCAGAGGUCUGAGGCACAAAGGAGGCAGACCCCUCUACACGGGGGCCAGUCUCCAGUACGUCAGAGACAAUGUCUUUACUGCCACCUCUGGCAGCAGGCGACUGGACGGUGUGCCGCAGAUACUGGUUUUGCUUAGUGGGGGAAGGUCAUCUGACAGUGUUGAUGCAGCAGCCUCCUCUCUGAAAGAGCUUGGAGUUUUGACCUUUGGAAUAGGAUCGAGGGGCUCUGAUAGCAGAGAAUUGCAGAGAAUUUCAUCUGACCCCAAUUAUGCCCUGACCGUGUCCGACUUCAGUGAGCUUCCAAAUGUCCAAGAGCAGCUGCUGGCCUCUGUCAAGGCUGUUGCAAUUCCCAUCACUCCAACAUCACCAGCUGUCACCGCUGUUUACACCACACCCAGAAGGGACGUAGUCUUUCUUCUGGACGGUUCAGAUGGCACGAGGAAUUCUUUCCCAGCUAUGUGUGACUUCGUGCAAAGAGUAGUGGAGAAAUUCAACAUAGAGGCCAACAGAGACCGUGUUUCUGUGGUGCAGUACAGUAGAGACGCUGAGGUCCAUUUCUAUCUGAAGAGCUACACGACAAAGGAAGAAGUUCUUGACCGUGUCAGAGGCCUGAGACACAAAGGAGGCAGACCCCUCAACAUGGGGGCAGCUCUCCAGUACGUCAGAGACAGUGUCUUUACUGCCACCUCUGGCAGCAGGCGGCUGGAGGGUGUGCCACAGAUACUGGUUUUGUUUAGCGGGGGAAGGUCAUCUGACAGUGUUGAUGCAGCAGCCUCCUCUCUGAAAGAGCUUGGAGUUUUGACCUUUGGAAUAGGAUCGAGGGGCUCUGAUAGCAGAGAAUUGCAGAGAAUUUCAUCUGACCCCAAUUAUGCCCUGACCCUGUCCGACUUCAGUGAGCUUCCAAAAGUCCAAGAGCAGCUGCUGGCCUCUGUCAAGGCUGUUGCAAUUCCCAUCACUCCAACAUCACCAGCUGUCACCGCUGUUUACACCACACCCAGAAGGGACGUAGUCUUUCUUCUGGACGGUUCAGAUGGCACUAGGAAUUCUUUCCCAGCUAUGCGUGACUUCGUGCAAAGAGUAGUGGAGAAAUUCAACAUAGAGGCCAACAGAGACCGUGUUUCUGUGGUGCAGUACAGUAGAGACGCUGAGGUCCAUUUCUAUCUGAACAGCUACACGACAAAGGAAGAUGUUCUUGACCGUGUCAGAGGCCUGAGACACAAAGGAGGCAGACCCCUCAACAUGGGGGCAGCUCUCCAGUACGUCAGAGAGAGUGUCUUUACUGCCACCUCUGGCAGCAGGCGGCUGGAGGGUGUGCCGCAGAUACUGGUUUUGUUUAGCGGGGGAAGGUCAUCUGACAGUGUUGAUGCAGCAGCCUCCUCUCUGAAAGAGCUUGGAGUUUUGACCUUUGGAAUAGGAUCGAGGGGCUCUGAUAGCAGAGAAUUGCAGAGAAUUUCAUCUGACCCCAAUUAUGCCCUGACCCUGUCCGACUUCAGUGAGCUUCCAAAAGUCCAAGAGCAGCUGCUGGCCUCUGUCAAGGCUGUUGCAAUUCCCAUCACUCCAACAUCACCAGCUGUCACCGCUGUUUACACCACACCCAGAAGGGACGUAGUCUUUCUUCUGGACGGUUCAGAUGGCACUAGGAAUUCUUUCCCAGCUAUGCGUGACUUCGUGCAAAGAGUAGUGGAGAAAUUCAACAUAGAGGCCAACAGAGACCGUGUUUCUGUGGUGCAGUAUAGUAGAGACGCUGAGGUCCAUUUCUAUCUGAACAGCUACACGACAAAGGAAGAUGUUCUUGACCGUGUCAGAGGCCUGAGACACAAAGGAGGCAGACCCCUCAACAUGGGGGCAGCUCUCCAGUACGUCAGAGAGAGUGUCUUUACUGCCACCUCUGGCAGCAGGCGGCUGGAGGGUGUGCCGCAGAUACUGGUUUUGUUUAGCGGGGGAAGGUCAUCUGACAGUGUCGAUGCAGCAGCCUCCUCUCUGAAAGAGCUUGGCGUUUUGACCUUUGGAAUAGGAUCGAGGGGCUCUGAUAGCAGAGAAUUGCAGAGAAUUUCAUCCGACCCCAAUUAUACUCUGACCGUGUCCGACUUCAGUGAGCUUCCAAAAGUCCAAGAGCAGCUGCUGGCCUCUGUCCAGGAUGUUGCAAUGCCUGUCACUCCAACUUCUCCGACUCUGACCGCUGAUGACGCCAUACCCAGAAAGGACGUAGUGUUCCUGCUGGAUGCAUCAGAUGGCACUAGAAAUACUUUCCCAGCGAUGCGUGACUUCGUGCAAAGAUUAGUGGAGCAAUUCAGCAUAGAUGCAAACAGAGACCGUGUUGCCGUGGUGCAGUACAGUAGAGACGCAGAGGUCAAUUUCUAUCUGAAUACCUACACAACAAAGGGGGAGAUCUUGAACUCCGUCAGAGGUCUGAGGCAUAGAGGAGGGAGACCCCUCAACACUGGGGCAGCUCUCCAGUACGUGAGGGACAAUGUCUUCACUGCCUCUGCGGGGAGUAGAAAGCAAGCGGGUGUCCCUCAGAUUCUCAUCCUCCUCAGUGGAGGACGGUCAAGCGAUAACAUAGAUACACCUGCCUCCGCCUUGAAACAGGGCGGGAUCUUGAUUUUUGGUGUCGGCACCAGAAAUUCGACCAGAGAGGUGCAGAGAAUUGCCAAUGAUCCUACCUAUGCACAGUCCAUCAAUGAAUUCUCUGACCUUCCCAGUGUCCAACAGCAGUUUAUCAGCUCCCUCAACAAUGUGCUUGGUCAAGUCAAACCGGUGACAACUACUGUGCCGGAGUCUUUUCCCAUUUGCUGUUGCCAGCUAGAGCAUGCAUACACCUACAGAAAAUAUCAGAUGCCAAGUGCUCACGUGACUCUGUGUUCCAUUUCAUUAUCCUUAGCUGAGCGAAAGAGGGAUGUGGUGUUCCUGCUGGAUGGUUCGGAUGGCACUAGGAGCUCUUUCCCUGCGAUGCGCGACUUUGUUGAAAGGAUGGUGGGGAGACUGAAUGUGUCUGAGAACAGAGACCGCGUGUCCGUGGUCCAGUACAGCAGAGAUCCAGAGGCCCAUUUCUAUCUUAACACAUACUCAAGAAAGGAGGACAUUCUUGACACAGUCAGGGGUCUGAGGCACAAAGGAGGGAGACCUCUCAACAUAGGGGCAGCUUUGCAGUACGUGAGGGACAAUAUAUUCACUGCCUCCUCUGGAAGCAGACGUGUAGAAGGUGUGCCCCAGUUACUGAUUCUGCUGAGUGGUGGAAGGUCAUUUGAUAAUGUUGAUACACCGGCCUCAUCCCUGAAGGAGCUGGGAGUGCUUAUCUUUGGCAUAGGGUCAAGGAGCUCAGACAGCAGCGAACUCCAGAGGAUCUCCCAUGAGCCUAGUUAUGCACUCUCAGUAAGUGAUUUUGCUGACCUUCCAAGUGUCCAACAGCAGCUGUUCAGCAACAUUGACACAGUAUUUGUAGAGGUCACGUCUACCACUACCACGACGAUAGCUGAGGGCCGUAGGCAGAGGAGAGAUGUUGUCUUCCUUCUGGAUGGAUCGGAUGGCACUAGGAAUGGGUUCCCAGCAAUGAAAGAGUUUGUGCAAAGAAUGGUGGAGAGAUUGGACAUAGAUGAGAACAGAGACCGCGUUUCUGUGGUCCAGUACAGUGGAGACACAGAGGUCCAUUUCUAUCUUAACACGUACACGACAAAGGAAGACAUUCUUGACAGUGUCAGAGGUCUGAGGCACAAAGGAGGCAGACCCCUCUACACGGGGGCCAGUCUCCAGUACGUCAGAGACAAUGUCUUUACUGCCACCUCUGGCAGCAGGCGACUGGACGGUGUGCCGCAGAUACUGGUUUUGCUUAGUGGGGGAAGGUCAUCUGACAGUGUUGAUGCAGCAGCCUCCUCUCUGAAAGAGCUUGGAGUUUUGACCUUUGGAAUAGGAUCGAGGGGCUCUGAUAGCAGAGAAUUGCAGAGAAUUUCAUCUGACCCCAAUUAUGCCCUGACCGUGUCCGACUUCAGUGAGCUUCCAAAAGUCCAAGAGCAGCUGCUGGCCUCUGUCAAGGCUGUUGCAAUUCCCAUCACUCCAACAUCACCAGCUGUCACCGCUGUUUACACCACACCCAGAAGGGACGUAGUCUUUCUUCUGGACGGUUCAGAUGGCACUAGGAAUUCUUUCCCAGCUAUGCGUGACUUCGUGCAAAGAGUAGUGGAGAAAUUCAACAUAGAGGCCAACAGAGACCAUGUUUCUGUGGUGCAGUACAGUAGAGACGCUGAGGUCCAUUUCUAUCUGAACAGCUACACGACAAAGGAAGACGUUCUUGACCGUGUCAGAGGCCUGAGACACAAAGGAGGCAGACCCCUCAACAUGGGGGCAGCUCUCCAGUACGUCAGAGACAGUGUCUUUACUGUAACCUCUGGCAGCAGGCGACUGGAGGGUGUGCCGCAGAUACUGGUUUUGCUUAGCGGAGGAAGGUCAUCUGACAGUGUUGAUGCAGCAGCCUCCUCUCUGAAAGAGCUUGGCAUUUUGACUUUUGGAAUAGGAUCCAGGCGCUCUGAUAGCAGAGAAUUGCAGAGAAUUUCAUACAAACCCAAUUAUGCUAUGACUGUGUCCGACUUCAGUGAGCUUCCAAAAGUCCAAGAGCAGCUGCUGGCCUCUGUCCAGGAUGUUGCAAUGCCUGUCACUCCAACUUCUCUGACUCUGAACGCCGAGUCCCAAGGACCUAAGAAGGACAUCAUCUUUGUGAUUGAUGGCUCUGAAGGUGUUGGCAGAGAGUUCCCAAUUAUACAGGAGUUUGUGCGCAGAGUUGUGGAGAACCUCAAUGUUGGUGAGAACAAGAUCCGAGUAGGCGUGGUGCAGUAUGGAGAUUUACCGUAUGCAGACAUAUACCUCAACUCACACAGGUCCAAAGAAGGUGUCCUAAACGGCAUUAAGGAUCUUCGACAACGAGGGGGGAGACAGCGUAACCUUGGUCGGGCCAUUGACUUUGUUAGUCGUGACGUCCUGGCUCCUGGACAUGGUGGAAGGAAACAGGAGGGAGUUCCACAAUUUGUUGUUGUAAUUUCAGGAGGAAAAGCUUCAGACAAUAUAAGACCAUCUGCAACUGCACUGAAACAGUCAGGAGUCGUCCCUUUUAGCAUAGGAACAAGAGAUGUGGACACUCAGGAAUUGCAGGUGACAUCCUAUGUCCCCAGAUUUGCCUACACAGUUGAUGACUUGCCUGGACUAUAUACAAUUCAGGACACACUCAUCACCUCCCUGACAGAGCUAUCUAGUGAGGAGUUAUCCAAAUUACGUCCUGUAUACCCUCCAGAGACUGUAAUUCCAGGACCAGUACCUCGUGGAGGAGAUAAAAGGGAUGUUGUUUUCCUUAUUGAUGGCACAACAAAGAUGCGGAGUGAGUUCCCUGCCAUAAGAGAUAUGGUUCAGCGAGUGGUAGAGAAAUUAGAUGUGGGUCUCGACAAUGUGAGAGUCUCAGUUGUGCAGUACAGUGAUGAUCCCAAACUGGAGUUUCUUCUCAAUGAGCACUCCUCCAAGGAGGAAGUUCGCCAGGCAAUACGAAGAAUGAGAAGUAAAGGUGGCAAUCAGCUUAACACUGGCCAAGCUCUGGAAUACGUUUCAAAGCAGAUCUAUCAAAGAUCGGCCGGAAGCCGUGUAGAAGAGGGUGUGCCCCAGUUUCUCAUCGUGGUAACCGGAGGAAAGUCAAAUGAUGAUGUCUCUGGCCCCGCUAACCUACUGAAGUCAAGCCGCAUCGCCCCCUUAGCAGUUGGAGCUCAUAAUGCUGAUGAAGAGGAGCUAAAAUUAAUUUCCUUUAGUCCAGAACUAGCAUACACCAUUGCAGACUUCCAGAAACUUAAAACAGUGGAGCAACAGCUUUUCACCAGAGUCAGUACAAUGACCAGUGAUCAAAUUUCGACCCCCCCUACACCUAGAGUCCCACUCAGUCUUGGAAGAAAGGACAUCAUCUUCCUCAUUGAUGGCUCUGAUAGUGUUGGACAAAACGGUGUUGCUCACAUUCGUGACUUUAUCUUGAAAGUGGUUGAUCAGCUUGAUGUACGACCUGACCAAGUCCGUGUGGCUCUUGUGCAGUAUGGUGAAAGGUCUCAAACUGAAUUCUCUUUGAACUCUCAUGACAACAAGCAAUCUGUCAUCUCUGCAAUUAAGAGAUUGCGUCAUAUGGGUGGGCGUGGUGCUAAUCUAGCUGAGGCGAUAGAUUAUGUAAUUCGAAACGAGCUCCAGGCAUCUGCUGGGGUACGUCUAUCACAGGCUUCCCAGCAUUUAGUUGUGCUAACUGGUGGAAGAUCAACCUCCGAUGUAUCUACUUUUGGCCCACUUCUCAAAGACGCUGAUGUCAAUUGUAUAGGAAUUGGUGCAGGAAAUGCAGACCCAAGACAGCUGGCACAGAUUACUACCACUGCUGAUGAUGUCCUGCAGGUGGCUGCUUUCCCAAAUCUUUCAAACAUACAGAGCGAGUUUAUAGCCAGACUUAAUGGAACAAUUAUAAAGGUGACCGAUGAGCCAGUUCCUGAGCUCCCACAGGCCAAGACUGCUGACAUUGUGUUUUUGUUUGAUGGCUCAAUCAAUCUGGGCAGGGAAAAUUUUAAAGAGGUCAAGGAAUUCAUUAUUAAUUUAAUUGACCUUUUCUUCAAUGAGAGAGACAGUCUUCAGAUUGGUCUAGCACAUUAUGCUACAGAUGUGACUGAUGUAUUCUACCUCAAUACUUACAAAAAUAAGGAUGACAUUAUUAAUGCCAUAACUCGAGCCGAGUACAAGGGAGGUCGGGAAAUUAAAACAGGCAAUGCCAUUCGCCAUGUUCAGAAAACACAAUUUGUCAAAGAAAGAGGCAGUCGGAAGGAUGCAGGAAUUCCACAGAUCCUGAUGGUAGUCACUGGUGGACGGUCAAGAGAUGACAGCAAAUCAGCGGCACAAGCUCUCAAAGACAGUGGUGUGCGAAUCUAUGCUGUUGGGGUGGGUGAUAUUGAGGAUGAGCUCAAUAAUUUGGGCAGUGAAGCUACUACAGUGGCCCGAGCCAGCACCUUCCAAGAGCUCUCUGAACUGAAUGAGCAGAUUUUGCAAACACUGGAUGAUGAGGUUAAUGGAAUAGGACUGUGCACUGGAGAAAGGGUUGCCACAAAAGAAUGCAAGUUGAAUGUUCUUGUGGGGUUUGAUGUGGGUGCACAGAACAUAUUUGCUGCUCAGAAAACAUUAGAGAUGAAGGUGGAUACUAUUCUCCAACGCAUUACCCAGAUGCAGCCCAUCAGCUGUACCUCUGGCCAGGUUCCCUCAAUACAAGUAGGCAUGCUAGCAAUGGACUCUGCCUCUGAACCUGUUCAGUUGGACUUCACAAACAGAUACAAAGAGCUUAUUGAGCCCUUCAAGGCCCUUCGAAACCGUGGACCUUUUGUUCUAAAUGCUGCCACAAUCAAAGCUUAUGCUGAUAGAUUCAAGAGUCAGCCUUUAGAUAGUGUCAAGGUUGUGAUCCACUUUACUGAUGGAUUGGAUGCCCAGUACAACAUCCUGAAAGAGAGAGUUGAGCUGAUGCGUUCAGCUGGUGUCAGUAGUUUCAUUCUUGUUGCACUGGAAAGAGUGCCACGAUUUGAGGAUGCAGUUCUCUUGGAAUUUGGCCGUGGCUUUAGGUACACAAGACCUCUGCGUGUCAACCUCAUAGACUUGGAUUAUGAACUUCUGGAAGAACUGGAUAACAUUGCUGAGCGGGAAUGCUGUUCUGUUCCAUGCAAGUGUAAUGGCCAGAGAGGGGACAGAGGAGCUGUUGGUGUUCCUGGACCAAAGGGUCAACCUGGUGGUCAAGGUUUGAGAGGACAUCCUGGUUAUGAAGGUGGUCCGGGAGAGAGAGGUCCACCUGGUGUAAAUGGAACUCAAGGAUUCCAAGGAUGUCCAGGUCAAAGAGGUGUUAAAGGAUCUCGAGGAUACAAUGGUGAAAAGGGUGAAAUUGGAGAGAUUGGUUUAGAUGGAAUCAACGGAGAGGAGGGAAUAAGUGGCGUUGCUGGCCCUCCAGGAGAUAGAGGAAACCCUGGCGAAAGGGGACCUAAAGGGGCCAAAGGCCAGGCAGGAGAUGUUGGUCAGACUGGAAUCCGUGGUGAUCCCGGCAUCCCAGGAAGAGACAAUAAUGAGAGGGGACCAAAAGGUGAUCCAGGCGAUGCUGGCCCACCGGGAGAGCCAGGAGUGGACGGAAAUAAAGGAGGACCUGGUGAACCAGGCAGACGGGGCCCUGAUGGUAGAAGGGGGUCUCCUGGUCAAGCGGGUGCUUCUGGAAGUCCAGGAAGUGAUGGUUUACCAGGAGAGACAGGAAUUGGAGGAUCUCGGGGUCCCGCUGGACCAAUUGGAGCACCUGGUUUAAGAGGAGAGGAUGGAAACCCUGGUCCAAGGGGGCCAGGAGGACUGCCAGGACCUGCUGGAGAAAAGGGUAGAAGAGGUGCCAUUGGCCGGAAGGGUGAACCAGGGGAGCCAGGACCUAAGGGUGUCGUUGGACCCCUGGGACCCCGUGGGGAGCCUGGUGAAGAUGGACGAGAUGGUUUUGGUAUACCUGGUCCGAAAGGACGAAAGGGUGAUGAAGGAUUCCCUGGUUUCCCUGGUCCAAAGGGUGAAGCAGGUGACCCUGGUUCAAAGGGAGGACCUGGACCUAGAGGAAACAAUGGCCAGAGAGGUACCUCAGGGGAAUCUGGUGGACCUGGACAAAAGGGAGAUAAUGGAUACCCAGGGCCCCAUGGUCCAAAAGGAACCAGAGGACUUGGUCCAGUGCAAUGUGAUCUGGUCAAGAAAAUUAGGGAUAACUGUCCCUGCUGUUAUGGUGCUCAGGAAUGUCCUUUAUACCCUACUGAGUUGGCCUUUGCCCUGGAUGCAUCAGAUGGUGUAUCACGCCCUGCUUUCAACAACAUGCGUGACACUGUUCUCCGCCUGGUCGGUGACAUCACUAUUGCUGAGAGCAACUGUCCCCGAGGUGCCCGUGUUGCUCUAGCACUCUACAACAAUGAGGUGACUACUGAGAUCCGCUUUGCAGAUACCCAGAAGAAGCGAUCACUUAUUGAGCGAGUUCAAGGCCUCCAGACUCAGCAGACCCGCAAACAGAGCAGCUUGGCGACAGCUAUGAACUUUGUUGCACAGAAUACAUUCAAGAGAGUUCGCAGUGGGUUCCUAAUGCGGAAGGUUGCUGUUUUCUUUGUCAACGGCCCUGUUACAGUCAAUAAAGAAUUAAGUGCAGCUUCUUUGCGCCUCUACGAUGCAGGAAUUUCCUCUGUAUUCCUUCUUAACCGUGAAGAUCGCCAACUCUCAAGAGCCAUGCAGCUUAACAACACUGCUUUAGCCCAGAUUAUCAUCUUACCCUCACCUGGAAGUGCUGAAUACAACAAUGUCAUCAAGAAGAUCAUGACCUGCCAUAUCUGCCUGGAUUUCUGUGCCCCGGAUCAGAUGUGUGAUUAUCCCCCACGAACUGGAGUCCGGGGCCGGAGGGAUCCCACCACUGACUUGGACAUCGACAUGGCCUUUCUUCUUGAUAGUUCAGAGAGCACCUGGCCCUCCGUCUUCACAGAGAUAAAGCAAUAUGUGGCUCUAAUGACCGAACAGCUAGAAAUGUCCCCUGAGCCAGCCAGCACUACCCAUCAUGCUCGAGUAGCACUUGUUCAGCAUGCACCUUAUGAAUACUUGCACAAUGGCAGUGGCAUUCCCAUCAGCGUGACCUUUGGUUUGACAGAUCACAAGUCACCAAAUAGUGUUCAAAGCUUUCUACUGGAUAAGGUGCACCAGCUUGAAGGAGGACGGGCCCUUGCAGAUGCUCUUGAAGCCACUGUUGAACAUGUGUUUGAGAAGGCACCACAUCCCCGCCAUUUGAAGGUAUUAGUUCUGUUGGUGACUGGACUAGUUGAACUGCAUGGGGAGAGGAUAAUAAGGGCUGCCACUGAAGUUAAAUGCAAAGGAUACUUCAUAGUGGUGAUUGCAGUUGGAAAGCGGUUUAGUCCAGGUGAUGUCCGUGUCUUGGCCCAAGUGGCAAGCGAGCCUUCAGAUGUGUUCUUAAAGAGGGUGGAUAAACCUUCAGGCUUCUAUGAUGAUCAUAUUCAGACAUUUGCCAGACUGUUGCCCAAGUACCUUGGCCUUGAAAACGCUUUCUACUUGUCACCUGAAGUCUCUAAGAAGUGUCAGUGGCAUCUAAGUGACCAGCCACACAAAUCCCCAUUCAGUUUGCCAAAAACAGAGAUACACCAGACGCAUCAUAGACAGCAGGAUGUUCAUGACAGAAAACAUAAAGAAACAGAUAUGGAGAAAAUGCACCUGGUUAACGUCACCUCCAGUGGAUUCUCCCUGCAGUGGUUGAGUGGUGAUUCGAAGGCCACCCAUGAGGUUACUGUGACUCGCCUGAAGGAUCAUAGUCUGGUGCUGAGGAAAAAUGUGACCGGCAGCCAUCUCUCCAUUUCUGAGUUGGAGGCAGCCGAAACUUACCAUGUAGUGGUCAAUACUCACAGUGUCAAUGGUCAUGUUGCCAGCACCUACAAAGGCAUUGUUCCCACAAAAUCAGCACAUCUGAAGGUCCUUACUGUAAGUGACGUGAUGGGGAUUGUGCCCACUGCACCCUUGAGUAAACCAGAAACAAAAUCAGCAGAACAGAAGGUUCUUACUCUAAGUGAGGUGAUGGGGAAUGCACCCUUAAGUAAACCAGAAAUUAAAUCAGCAGAACAGAAGGUUCUUAAUCCAAGUGAAGUGAUAGGAAUUGUACCCUCAGGUAAACCAGAAAUUAAAAUAGCAGAACAGAAGGUUCCGAGUGAAGCAAUGGGGAUUGUGUCCUCUGCACCCUUAAGUAAACCAGAAACAAUUAAAAAUCUAAUGGACCCAUGUUCACUUGACUUUGACACUGGACUGCCAUGCAAAGAUUACCAAGCUAAGUGGUACUUUGACAGAAAAAAUGGAUUCUGUACACAGUUCUGGUAUGGAGGUUGUGGAGGAAAUGACAAUAGGUUUGAGACUGAGGCUGAUUGCCUCAAACGCUGCAUGAAGCCAGUGUCUGAACCUAAAGCAAGUGAAGAGCAUGUCAAAGCUGUUCUUCCCCCAGCACCAGCUCCAGCUGCCCUGCGCUUCAGUGUGGAUAUCUGCAAGUUACCAAAAGAAGAAGGCUCCUGUACUAAAUUUGUGCUUAAAUGGCAUUAUGACCCGCUUAGUGGAAACUGUGCCCGCUUCUGGUACGGAGGAUGUGGAGGGAACCAGAAUCGAUUUGAUACACAAGAUGAGUGUGAGAAGGCUUGUGGAAAAGCAGCACCUGUAAAACAAGGGAUCAUAGCUGCAGUUAAAACAUAGGAAUUAAUGAAGAUUGUAAGCUAACCACUGACAACACUCAGAGGAUAGAGCACCUAAAACAAGAAGCACAGCCACAGCCAAGAUGCCUGCACUGGAGCUUGUAAGAGGAUUGAAGAAAUCCUUGAAGUAGUAUUUUCCACAUAAGAAAAAAAGAAAGAAGCAUAACAAGAUUUUUUGUUUCGUGCUGGUGCUACAUUCAGUUUAUUAGAAUUGUUAUUGUUUUAUUUUUCAUGUGUGUGAGGGUUUGAAUAAAACCCAUUGUAAAUGUAAAUUUUUUUUAAAAAAAUGUUAUGCUAUUUUAAACAUGUGGUUUGCUUGUGGAAGUAUCUUGAUAAAAACAUAUCAGUAAAUCUUUGUAGUUAUGAGAAAAGGUCAAGACGAUUUAAUUCCUUUUUUGUGUUUUUGUUUUUACUGCUUGAGAGGAAGAAUUUUAAUUGCUCUUUCUGGUCAUAUCGCUGGAUAUCUCCACUGACUCUAAAAUCUCCAAACAAAUGUUAUUUUACUGUUUGAUAACAUGAACAUCAUAUGAAACCAAGAAAGUAAUUUCUUUAAAUAUGCAUUUUUUGGAGCCAUUGCCUUGCACACAAGUUUUGGUUUCAAAAAGAAAUUGGAAUGUAUUUUUUACAUUCCAUAUGUUUUGGGGUGUUUUUUUUCACUUGGAAAUGGGCAGAUAUAAAUAAAUUACUCUUUCUAUAAAA